UUGUGGCAACUCGAGAUGACGGGCUGGAUUAUCGUGCAAUGGUGUGAUAUCUUUCGUGUUAUGUGUCGUGAUAUCUUUCGUUUUAACAAGCAUAGUUACAAUAGAGAAGUGUUUUAGAGUCGAGCCGUUUUUUUUUAGAAACCGCGGACAUUAACUCAGGCCACAGGCUCACAAAACAAUCUAGCUCACCACUGUACCCUUUACACUGUAGUGUAGUAAGUAGGGUGGCUACCUGGUAUAGAAAACGAACCUUUCCCAGUUUCGGCAUCAUUCAGAGGGAAAUACUCUGACGCCAUUUCUUAGUACGGCCAGUGUGGCAAUCAUAUCUCUCCUGUGUGUGUACAGAGCGACUCCUGUCUUGGUGUCACCCCAGACAGACCCCCUCACCUUACUCAAGCAACCUUCCCUUCUGAUAGCACGUCGCAUUUUGACGUAUAUCAUGCCUGUGUGUGGUGGCUUUGCCAGGCUGGCUUCUGCAGUGCUGCCCAUCCCCUGGAGAGUAGAGCCUACCUCUCAACUACAUCAUGCCUGUCACCAUUAACAAGGGCCUUCUUCCACUCAAGAUCCACUAUUUCCUGAAAUAUGGAGGAAUGUCGUUUUUCACAUUCCUGCCAGUGGUGGCACGGCAGAAGGGCAUUCCGACACUAGCUGUGGGCCUCAUGUGGACGGUCACACCCCUCUCAAGCUGUGCCAUCAACAUAAUGAUGAGCACACUAGCCGAUGCUUUCAAGAUCCACCGUGCUCUCUUCUUGGCAGGAAUGGUCACCCUCAGCACCUCCUUCCUUUCUAUCUUCCUUCUUCCAGAUAUCUCUAGGUCAUCACAUACCCAGACAGAAGCAACAGUAUCACUUCACUGUUUGGAUAAUAUUACUAGACUAUCUCUGUGCUCAAAAGUAAAUGAAAAUUAUAAUGCUUUUAGUUUAUCAGUUUUCCAAAAAUGUGCUGAAAGUAAUACAUCUGACAAAUUGGCAAAAACAGAGGAAGAUGUAAUAAAUUGUAUGGUAAAUUGUACUUACCCUCAAGAUGUAACUUUGAAUGAAAAUCUUCUAAUGCCUUCAGAUUUAAUUUUUAAUCUUAGUGAGAAGCAAUCUGUUUUCAAUGUUUGUGAAAAUGAUACAUGUGCUAUUAUUACUGGAGCAAAUGCUUCACCAUUAUUGUCUCAGUUCUCCAAUUUCACCUGUGGGGAGAUGUAUGAUGCAACAUGCUUGUACCACUGUGGCUCUGUUGACAGCCGAGACGAAAAAGGCAUAACUCUGUCUGAUGUGAUCCCAACAGCAGAAUUCUGGCUCAUUUUCAUUCUUUUGGUGUUGCUCUAUGGAGGAAAUGCUACAACCACCACCAUGGCAGACACUGUGUGUUUCUCCCUUCUGGGUAAUGCCCGCCAUAAAUACGGCCGUCAGCGCAUGUGGGGAAGUGUGGGAUGGGGAUCUGUUGGUACAGUGAGCGGUGCCCUUGUGGAUUACUAUUCCAAAGGAAGAGCACACAUCAAUUACACUCCAGCUUUAAUUAUCUCUGGUAUCUUCCUCACAUUGAACUUAAUAGUUUCUCUGCAGAUCAAAUUUUCUUUCUCUAAAAAAGAUAAACUGAUAGCAAGAAACGUUGGUAACCUGAUUUGCACUCCCAAGAUGAUGAUUUAUAUGCUGACUGUCAUAGUGGUGGGUUUGUCCAUGGGAACAAUGUGGACUUUCCUAUUUAUCAUAGUGGAAGAUGUAGCUCUCGCUUGGGAUCCAUUUUUCCCACACAUGAAACUAUUGCAAGGUCUUAUGUUAGGAGCAGAGUGCUUCCUUGGAGAAGUUCCCUUUCUCUUCCUUUCAUCUUUGAUCAUAAAAAAAAUGGGCAAAAUCCCAACCUUUGCUUUGUCAUUGACGGCAUUUUCACUUCGACUUCUGCUGUACUCCUCUGUCACCAACCCGUGGUACUUCCUCCCUGUCGACCUGCUCCAUGGGCUGUCAUUUGGACUCUUCUAUCCUAAUAUGAUCAGUUAUGCUAGCUCAGUGGCUCCAAGAGGUGCACAAGCUACAGUGCAAGGAAUCAUCAAGUCUAUCUUUAUUGGUGGAGUGUCAUCUGGAGCAAUGGUGGGCGGUUUGUUGGUGAAAACGGUGGGUGGAUCCAGGGCUUACCUUUAUAUGGGACUCUUUGAUGUUGCAUUUACUCUCUUCUUCAUCAUUAUCCAGUUCCUUAUCUACAAAAUAAGUUCAAGAAAAUCUCAAGAAACUUGGCUAAAUGAUGAUUCAACACAUCUGUUUAACAUGCCCAAUUACUCAGCUAUCCACAACUGUAGACCAAACCAGAGAGGUUGUGGUACUGCAAUUUACUACAAUCAGGAGCUAACAUGCUCAGAAAUGAUCCAAACUAGAGACACCUCUGAUGAAGACGAGGAUAGUGCCCCAGAAGAAGGUCAAGUUCUUGAAAAUGGCAUCCGUAAAACAUUAUAUGAGUGUGAUGCCGAGGGACAGCGGAGCAUAUGUGAUCUUCAAACUUAGUUUCUGUAUCAUAAAAAUAAUAUUUUAUUUAUAUAGGAUAUUAAGGGUUUCAUUACAGUUUUGACAUAUUAGAUACUGUAUUUAUAUUUUUUAUGAAGCUACUAAUUACAUGUAGUAUUUUGGCUGGACUUUGAUGAAAGUCUCAGUACUGUAUCACACAGCAAAUUAUAAUAAUUUGUUAUGCAGAUUAUGUUUUGGAUACAGUACAGUACAGGGAGUCCUUACUAUACAUUGCCAAAAUAUACAAGUUUCACAUAUACUGUACAACACAUUAUUAAAUUGGGAAACAUAAUUCAUGUAAAAAAUUAAUUCUGUCUGUAUCCAUAUUUAGGGCAACUCAGGAAUAAUGGAAUCUUUGAUAAGCUGCUGGUUUCCUGUCCCCAUCUAGACCAUUAGAGAUGGUGGGACUCGGGUAAAUUGUGGUAAAUAUUUUGUGUAAAGUAUAGGGUACUGUAAUUAAAAGUGUCGUUACAGAAUGAGAGCUAUGCUCGUGGUGUCCCAUCUUCCCUGUACUCUGUCAUAUAACGUUUUGGAAGUACUGAUGGUUUUGGCCUCCACCAAAAGUUGUUCCAACUGUCUAACACUGUUUGCAAAAGAGAACUUUCUAAUUUUGGGGGGGGACCUCUGACUCUGGCCUAUGCUUAUUUUACCUAGCUACUUUCAUCAGAGACACAUAUUUUGUAUUCAAAUAAAUAUGAGAGACAGACUAUAAUUGACUUUAAUGAAACACCAAUUUCUGGGCGAGUCCCAAUGGCUCCCUGACACCCUCCUUCCCCUUUUCCCAGGGAGUCAGGGGUGUUUCCAUCAUCUAGAACUGAGGAUGGAUCACCCAACAAAUCUUUGGCUGCCUCCCUUCUCUCUCCAAAUGAGAGGGAGGUGAGGCAAACGAGCUAGUGCUUAUUUCAUUGUCAAUCCUUUAUUUACAUUGUAGGCGAGUUCUUUUUGGGCAGUUUUCAAGGCUGCAGUCUAGCUUACACCCAGCAAUGGUCUGUUCUGACUUUUGGAGUGCUUCCCUGGUGGUGGCAGACAUGAACAUAUUCAUAGUAAUUUUUGUCAUACUGCCACCACUCCCUGCACUUCUGUGAGGGGGAAAGGGACAGAUUUGGGCUCCUCAGUAGGCCUAAAAGAACUCUGCAAUUGAUGGCACCUUGUAGUCUGGCAUACUAUCAGUGAUAGUAGCUUCAGAGAGCCACAGGGAGCUUUCCCCAGAAGAGAAGAGAGAGACAUAACUAAGUCAGAAAAGCAUAACUGUGUAUGAGUGUGAUUUGUAAUGCAUGUGUAUCCACCAGUGUAUUUUGUCACAGAGGUAGAUUAUGGAUUCAGAGACAGUGAAGGAAGUGACAGAUCAUUAAUUUAUUGAUAGUUUGCUGAUGGGUUGGGAAAGAUGAGAUGACCUUGCCUCAACAAAUAACAAUUGUCAGCUGUGCAUUAUUUAGCAGAUGAAUAAUGGAUUUCUAACUUGUACUCCAGUAAUAUAGUUUUUGUAAUUUAAUUCAUUUAUUUUAUACUGAAAAAUUAACCAGAAAUAUUCCCAGGAACACAACUCCUAUUUACAGUACAGUAUAACAUUGUGCCUAUGAAAAAAGUGGUUUCACUGAUGAAUAGUUAGGUCAUUUUGUAUUGUAUUUAUCAAAAUUUUGUAUUUCAGUACUGUAAUAAAUUGGUCAACGUGAAAAAUAUUGAGCGUUUUGUGAGAUUGCGUUCCAAUGUGAUCUGUCAGUACUAAGAAUGUCAUGAUUUUCCCCCUAAUGUUUUCUAUUCUAAAUUGCUUUAAUUAUAUACAUGUUGAAUUGCAUAUAAAAUUUUAAUCAAAAUUUUUGUUAUUAAUGAAAUCAAAUUUGCUCUUAACAGAACUAAUGAGAAUUUAUACAUGAUUUAUAUUUAUUAUGCAAUAAAAUGCAGAUUUCUAGAGUGGACCCUAGUUUUCCCAUUAAAUCCUUAACCAAAUACUGUAGUAUGCAGUUUGCUUUUGUGGAGAAAGCAUUUCUGUAUAAAACGAAGUACAUUAUAUGGACAAUUUAAGUAUACUGUGGAAGUAUUAUUGGUGUCCAGGAAAAUCAUGUACUGAACCAAUUCUAUUUGCCUUUUAAUUGUAACAUUUUAUCAAUAUUGUUUUCAAGGACAUGUGUAGUCAUUAGUAAUACAAUAAAAAGCUCUGAACAUAAAGGUAACUAGAGCAUUUAGCGGGUCCUCUUAUAUAAAUAAUUACAGUAGUUUUAUAUUAGGAAGUGACAUUAAUCUUUUAAUACUGUUUGCAUAAUUCUUAGAUUAAUGUAUUGCCAUACGAUGUAAAUCUUUAAUACUGAUCAAGAAAAUAGGCAUUGUUUAAAAUCCAUUGUACUUAUAAAGGAGCUUAAUCUAAGAAAGAAGAAGAAUGUGUGAAAAGAACGAGAUUGUCCAUGGUAAGCACAUACAAUACUGUACAUGCAAAUGAGAAAGAAGGGAAUAAGCAGAAAAAGUCAGCAAGUAAGAUGAUGAGUCACAAUAAUGUGACUGAAGAUAUGAUAACCAAACUACACGCAAGAAGAAGAAAUGUCGACGUUCGGCUCAUCCUGGAUCAUUAUCACACAUCACAUGUGACUUGAUAAUGGUCCAGGACCGGCCAAAAUGUCCGUUUGUUCAUCUUCUGGUGUGUGGUUUGGUCAUCAGCAAGUAAACAUUUUUAAAAAUUAAACAUAAAAAUAACAUGUGGAGCAUUAUGCUCACCCUCAUGAACAGAUUAUUUAACGAGAUUGUAAUUUGGAGCAGAUCACCAACUGGUGCUGCAGUGUGAGUGUAACUUAAAUUAAAGAAAGUAUGAAUGGGAUAAAAGGUUAGCCUGAAUUUACCUGAGGGCCACCAUUUAUUUAGUAGCCAUGACAGGGACAGGAAGCUGGCAGUUUGUCAAAUGUCCUCCAUUUUUUCCGAUACCCUUAUACUUACUCCAUGGUAGUGCUUUAUUGCGAGACCUGGGCCAGCUAGUCUACCUCUUAUAAAUUAUAAAUGUAUAAUAAGUACUUUAUGUACUUAUACUUAUAUAUAACAACUCUGUUGCAUUUCUCCUGAUAUUUGUAAUAACAUUUUUGAACAUGUUCAAAAUUCAGCAGUUCAUAUAGUAAUUAAAUCACACAUGAUAUUAAAAAUACAUAAACAGGGCUUCGUGUUUUCUUCUGAAAUCUAGCUUUCAUUGCCAUUACUGAAAUCUUAUGUUGGGACCAAUCAAAAUUAAGAGUACCUUUCACAAAACUUAUACAUUGCACAUGUAUGUUAGCCAUAUCUUAGCGACAUCAUAACUGAUGUUCUUAUGAACCUAAAUUAAAUGCAUACAUGAAGAGAUGGCAACUUCAAUCAUAUAAGAUGUUUACAAUGUUACAACAUUUAGGUUCUAAAAUUUAUUACACAGUCCAACUCUGAUAAAUGAAAACUCAAGGUUGUUUUCUUUCUCCAUAUUCAUCAGGUUAAAUAGAUUCAUUAUAUAUUUGGAAUACAAUAGUGUAUAUAAUUUUAUAAACAUUAUGUGUUGUCUAUAUAUAGAGUAUUUAUAUACUGUACAGUACGUAUAUGUAUUUUAUUGAGCUUGUCCAUAUGGGCAUUAGCUAGUUAGUUAUUGUAGGAAUGAUAUAUUCAACCUGGAUUAGAUACGCCCCAGUGGGCACUUCGUUGUGAAAGCCGCUGACAUUACAUACAGUUUACUAUGUAACGUCAGCCGCUUUCAACCAACUGUGCCUACAGGGUUCAUGGUGUCAGUACUACUCUAUAAAAUUGUGUACAAAGUCUUGUAUGCAUUGUCAUGUAAUGAGUGGAAAAUCUUUAUUAAUUAUCGUGAAUUUAAUGUGAGUUUUGUAAUUCAAUGGAGUAUUGAAUAUAUGACUUUUGACAUUGAACUGUGUACUGAUCAGUACUCAAUAUGUGACAUCCAGUCAAACUCAAUGGGAGAUUGAUAUAAUUUCCUCUGAUUUAGCUUCAGUUUUGAGGUUAAAAUACUAGCCGACUAAAUAAAUGCUUUUAAGUAUUACAAUAAAUGCUGACUAGAGUUUCCUAUACAUAAUGUGAUGCUGAUAUUGUUUGUGGCAUCAUGCCUAAGGCUUGUGCUGUGUGAUCUGCGAGAUAUUAUGUUGAUGUUUUGUGAACCCCCCCCUAACAUUGGGUAUGCUGUGUUUUGUGUAGCCCCUCAUAAUGGGUGUGCUGUGCCUUGUGUAGCCCCUCAUAAUGGAUGUGUUGUCUUGCAUAGCCCCUCAUAAUGGGUGUGCUGCAUCUUGUGUAUCCCCUCAUAUGAGUGUACCUCGUCUUGUGUAGCCCCUCAUAAUGGGUGUCGUGUUGUGAAAGCCCUGUGAUACUUUAAAUCAAGGUUGAUGAUAAGAGAUGUUUGCCCAAUACUUGAUACUGGUGUCAAGUCUUGAUGGUGGUUCAUGUGUUAAGUAUGACACACUUGACACUCGACUUUAGUGCUGCAUAAAGUCUGAUGUUGGAUGGAAAUUUUGUAGAUUAUCUGGAGUUUGACACUUGAUUAUCUGGAGUAUGUGUCAGAUCAGUAUCCAUAUUAUCUGGUGUAUGGGUCACCUGACACAAGUGUUGUGGAUAACCUAUAGCACCAGACACUGGUGAGACCUGACACUGAUGCUGUGAAUGGUGACACCUGACACUGAUGCUGUGAAUGGUGACACCUGACACUGAUGCUGUGAAUGGUGACACCUGACACUGAUGCUUUGAAUAUUGUCACCUGACACUGAUGCUGUGAAUGGUGUCACCUGACACUGAUGCUGUGAACACCUGACACAUGCAGUGAAUGACCUGUAGCAACUGACACAGUGUGAAAAGCCUGUAACAGCUGGCAGUGAUUAACCCGGAGCAGCUGACAUUGAUACAUUAGAGAGCUUGUAAUACCUAGCACUAAUACAGUGAAGGUCUUUUAACACCAACUGACAGUGAUACAGCUAGUUUUGAAUGAUUACCGAGUUGCAGAUUCAUUUGUUGUAUAAAUAUUUAUAAAUGAUUAUAAUUAUUUAUCUUGCCUGGUUCAAGCCUGUAUCAAACAUGAAAAAUUAUGAAGCUUACAUUUUGUACCUGGGUGAUUGACAGGUAUGUCAUACUCCUGUCAUAAAUAUAAUGAAACUGAAACUAGGUCCUGUUUGUAUAUUAAAAAUAAAAUAAUAUUUAGACUUA